ACUUGGAGCUCCAUUUACGAACGUUCAGGAGUGUUAAUUUAGAUCUUUAGCCUCCAUGCUGACGAAUGUAAGCCUUAUGCUCUUAGACGUUAAUUUCACAGCAAUAAUUACAUAAUAAGGUUUGAUACAGGCUUAGUCGCCAAUGUUGCCAGCAAGAUGGAUUGGUUCCGAUUAAUCUUGCUUCAGAGAAAGUUGUUCCGGUGCCUUAAAAAGUGUUGGAAAGUUGAGGUUUUGUGUCCAAAGCACUCAAGAGUACGCAAGACGUACAGAAAAGUGCUGUACUUCCAGCACGUUGGCCAGCACGUUGCCAGAGCCACCGUGCAGAAUAAUAUACAAGCGAAUGGGCCAUUCUUCCUAGCUUCCUAUGUUCCCAUCUCUUCCAGGCUAAGAGGAACAACCCAUAUUGUUCUCCUUCCGAAGUCUUCGCACGCCUCCACUCCAAUACACAUUAUUGAGGAACGGACAAUUCGGAAAGAUUCCAUGCUUACCCGACAUGCGUCUUUUGAUUCUAGAAUUUUAUUGUUGUACAUGAACCGAGUCAAGACUAGGGCGGAUACAUAUUGACAUCCUUACUCUGUGAGCCAAGGCAGUGGAGACUAGUAGGUCCUCCACGACUGUGUAGCGAAUUAGCUUAGCAUUCUUACAGAAUGUGUAAGUGGGAUACGGUCAGCACACUUUGUAUGUGCAGUCGAUGAGGGGUCCUUUUCCCUUGACGAUGUGGAAAAUCCCCUACCAGAGUGCCCCAAGGAAAAAUUUUGAUGUCCCAACAAUUCUAGGCCC